UUGGAUAUGGGGAAAGGAUCAUUUUACUGAAUUUGAGAUCAAUCGCUCGUGAAGCAGUAAUCACAACACAGCAUCUCUACCGACUCAGUUACAAGAGCUUUUAGACUUGGUUAUAUUUGUUGUUUACCAUUAGCUUAAUUAUGAGAGGCAAGCAUAAGUUUGUAAAAUAUUGCCCGUACGUUGAUUCCUUCCUGUGUACGCCGAAAAGACAUAUUCGCUAAUCACUCUCGUUAUGUGAAGGAGAUCCAGGGAAGAGAAAAGGGAAAACAUAAGUUAUAGUGUCUAUGCCAGCGAGUGCAUGCUCCUACCAGGCUUCAUAGAGCAAUCUGUCACACUCGAUAUUGGCAUUCAUGAAGGGCGAAAGAGAUUCUUGAGAUACUCAAUCACAUACGAAGUAGAACCAGAGACGAACAGCAGAUCCGGUCAUAGAGAUGGCGAACAUGAGCUUGUCUACGGAGGUAACUCACAGGCACAUCGACUUGGCAAGACCAAACCGGGAAAAAUGAGAUCUUUCUUAAAAACACUCGAGAGACUACAUAGAGAGGCUCAGCAGACUAUAGAAAAUAAUUACUACCGCUUCAAAAAGCUUGACUACAUAAGUGCGAUUCUCCAAGCAGCAUUGAGGAAAGGCAGCCUUCUGGUUCAUCAGCACAAACUAGAACUUCUCGAACAUUCCCGAAAUGCUCAUCAGGCUCGAUUCAUAAAACCUGGCGUUAGAUUAACCGAACGCCAAAGAACGAAAAAGGAGACGAGACAUGAGAGGCGGGAGGUCAGGAGAGAUAAAACUUUCGGUCGAAUUAACGAGUCUAGAGUUGCGAGAGGCUUUGGCAUACAACUAAGCAAUAGCGAGAAAAGAAGUCACAAAAGACAUGAGCGAAUGAGACGUCCCUCACACAGCGAUGCUGGAUCUACUGGCUCAUGGGAAACUGCUUCAAAUGCCGAUUUUUCUUCCCACUCUUCUCAUGGAAGACGGCACCGUGGCUCUUCCCGUUCCUAUGACGGACACUCAAGUAGAUACAACGAAGACGAUUCUUCAUCAUCAGAUGAUGACGACGAGGACACCAAAUCCCACGCAUCUAGCGUAUUCUCAAAACCAAGCCGAUCCUCAACCUCUGCUUCUGGUUCUGGUUCUUCUAAAAGCUCCACCUCUUCUUCCAGAUCCGGUCGAUCGAACUCGGAAUACGGAUCGCGGUAUAGAAGUACUAGUGGCAAUAGUAGUUACGAGACCAAUGAACAGCUUCGAGAACCACCUAGAUAUCCGCCUGAUUUUAAACAUGGCUAUGGAAGUAUACCGCCCCAGGAUUUACCUUAUCCUAAUGAACCGUACCCCGGGAGAAAUCAGCCUUAUUAUCCUUAUGGUUAUACGGCAGAUUAUGCGCAUUCGAGAUCGUGAGAAUUGGGGCAGAAUAGGGAUUAGGAGCAGGAAGCAGGGAGUAUGGAUAUGAGAGUAUAUUUGUCGUUGGGGAUGAUUCUUGGUUUUCUUAUCGGUAGAGCUUGUUUUGUUAUUGUUUCUGUUUUUCCUUAUUAUCUAUUCUCGCAUAUAUGAUCUCUCCGUAUUGCUAUUACACCACUUGGGCACAUUCUCUCUGCAGUAUGUAAGGUU